CAAAACUGCAAGUGGUGUGCGGCUCGAGUUUGAAAUUUUACACAUUUUCAAUCCGCGAAAAUACAAUUAAAUUGUUACAAGUUUCUUGAAAUCCAUCAAAUAAUUGUGUGAAUUGAUCGCUUCGUCGCCAGAAUGUCGGGUCGGAAGUGUAAUAAUUGCGGAAGUGCCGACAUCGAGGUCGACAAUGCCCGCGGUGAUGCAGUGUGUACAAAUUGCGGUUCGGUGUUGGAGGAUAACAUAAUCGUAUCGGAAGUGCAGUUCGAAGAAAAUGCUCACGGUGCAUCUAGUGCGGUCGGUCAGUUCGUCGCUUCGGAUUCGAAAGGUGGUGCGACGGCCUACGGGAAGUUCCAUGUCGGUACCGGAACCGAAUCGCGCGAGGUUACGCUUCGAAAGGCCCGGCAAGGAAUUACGCAUUUGUGCCACCAGCUACAUCUGAACAACCAUUGCAUCGAGACGGCUUGCAACUUCUUCAAGAUGGCCCUGAUCAGACAUCUGACCCGGGGAAGACGAAAUACCCACAUUUAUGCGGCAUGCGUGUACAUUACCUGCCGUACUGAAGGAACAUCCCAUCUAUUGAUCGACAUCAGUGAUGUUCUUCAAAUUUGUUGCUACGAACUGGGUCGUACAUACCUUAAGUUAUCACAAGCUCUCUGCAUCAAUAUUCCUUCUAUUGAUCCCUGCAUCUAUAUCAUGCGCUAUGCCAACAAGCUGGAAUUCGCCGAAAAAACUCACGAAGUUUCGAUGACAGCGCAGCGUUUGGUACAACGGAUGAAGAAAGACUCCAUCCAUUCGGGCCGACGUCCUUCGGGACUUUGCGGUGCAGCCCUGCUGCUGGCCGCCCGUAUGCACGAGUUCAGCCGCACACCGAACGACAUUGUCCGGAUUGUGAAAAUCCACGAGUCGACUCUUCGCAAGCGGUUGGUUGAGUUUGGCGAAACUCCCAGCAGUGCCCUGACAUUGGAUGAAUUCAUGUCAGUUGAUCUGGAAGCCGAACAGGAUCCACCGGCCUUCAAGGCGGCCCGAAAAAAGGAUAAGGAGCGAUUGCAGAAAUUGGAAGAAUCGAGCACGGAGUUCAACCAGUUGCAGGCAGAGAUCGAUGCAGCGCUGGAAAAAGAUUUACACAAAAGUAGAAACAAAAGACGUAAAUACAAAGGCGAGGACAUCUCAGUGGAUGAAGUCGGCGAGACGGAUCAGUUCAUCCAAGAGUCUACCUUAGAAAUUAUCAAUGAAUGUUUGGAGGAAAAUCCUGAUGAAACCAGUGGUGACAUGAAACUGAACGGGAAGCGUAAGAUUGUUCCGGAAGGUAUCAAACCGGAUUUGCUGGCUAUGUGUUCACAUAAUGUUGAACGGAAAGAGAUUUCCAAGUCCGAAAGCAGAGAAGACGAUGGAGAGCUUUUGUUAGAUGAUUUAGAUGACGAUGAAAUAAACGGUUACAUUAUGACGGAAGAAGAAGCUCGUUAUAAAGACAUGAUGUGGAAUCGGCUACAUGCUGAACAUCUCAAAGAAAUGAAGGAAAAAGAAGAACGUUUAGCAAAGGAGCGCGAGGAAGGAAAACCCGAGAAGAAGAAACGGAAAAGCGCACGGAAGAAGAACAUCGGGCCGUCGAAUUCGGCCGGAGAAGCUAUCGAAAAAAUGCUGCAGGAGAAGAAAAUUUCCACCAAAAUCAAUUACGAUAUUUUGAAAACACUCACUGACAGUGCCGGUCCUGCAGAACCAACACAGGAAGUACCUAUGAAGCACGAAUCGAGUGAUAUUGAUGUUCUGUCACGAACCAGAAUCAAGCCGGAAACGGCGCUUAGUCGCGCAGCUCGACCUCCCGUAAAUUUGCUGGGUUCAUCUCGCAGAAAACCUGCCAUUACGGCGACGCUUCCUGUGGUUGAGAGCGAAGAUGUGAAGCCGGUCAUCGUAGAAACGCCAGCACUCAAAAUCGAGCACGAACACAUCAUUGAGGACUACGAUGAAGAGGUAGAAGACGAACCGGAACCGGAACCGGAAAAGGAGCAUAAAUCUCUUGCUGACAUGCUGAACACUGGAGACGACGAUGACUAUUAUGGCUACGAGGAAGACUACUAAUGGGUAACAUUUCUUAAUAUUAAACUUCAUUACUUUUAUGUUCUUUUCCAACUAUCGUAGAAAUUAGCAAUUAACUUACCACUCAAAUAAUAUCCAUUGUGCAUCCAGGUGUUUAAAUAACAAGAUUAUCCCAAAUAGAUAGACAUACUUGUCUACUUUAGAGUAUGUUCUCUAUUAGAAUCA